AUGGCAAUUGACGAUCUCGCCACCCUCUAUGCCUCAAAGGAGAGCUGGACUAUUAUUGCAAAGGGUUGUAAGAUUCACACUUCGGUGCAACUGGUGAGCAAGAAUGAGAAGGAUGGGGAAAAACAGAAGAGAAUUACUAUUCAACUUGACCAAGAUGGGGUUCGGGUUGAAUGCGCCUUUUUUGGCAAGUAUGUUGCUGAAGUCGUAGGUUAUCUUGCAUCGAGAGAUGCAACAAAUGCUGUUGUGGUUGUGCAAUGGGCAAAGAUCAAGCCCUUUAAAGGUAAGACAAGUCUCCAAAAUGUUUAUGGGGCUACAAGGGUUCUUUUUAAUCCUCUCACACAAGAAGCUGCCCCUUUCCGAGCUCGCCCGUUGCAGGACUCGGCAAAAAAAUCCACCCCUGAAGAUGAUUUCCUAAAACAUAGUGAUGGAAAAACCAUUGAGCAACUCAAAGAUCUUGCUGAGAAGUCCUAUUGUGUUGUUCUUGGUACUGUUAAGAAUAUUGCAGAGGGUAUGGGUUGGUGUUACCCUGCGUGCAAAUGUAGCAAGAAGGAGGCUACUGCGCUUCUAGGCAAAUUCUGUGCAUAUCUGCUUGAAACUACUGGUUCUGAUCCUUUAACAAUUCCCACGGAAAUUCUGAAUUUGAUUGACAGAACCUUUUUACUCAAGAUUGAAGUCGCAAAUAGUUUCCAUUCUAAGUUUGAGAAAUCAUACCGUGUCAAAAAACUUUGUGCUGAUCAAAAAAUUAUUAAUCAAUUCAGAGCGGCAAUGACCUUCCUGCCUGUAAUUAGUUUACCUUAA